CAUAUCACAGCUCCCCUCAGGGGAAUGACCAUAUAAGGCGAUUAACCCGUGCCCUGCUGCAUCCGGGCCAUCAGUCCGUGACACCCCGCCGUAUACACGGUCCGUAUACACCCGUACCCCAUGUGACCAAUGCACACGGUCAUCCUCUAUGCGUUGUGUAUGCGGGAGGCACUGCUGUGUGUACAGCUUCCCUGGGUGCACUGCUGUAAUGUCUAGGGACUCCAUGCAGGCAGGGCUCACAGCAGCUUGUCAGCUCUCUACACGGUUCACUUCUCCCUCACUCCCGGAUCACAAUCACUGCCAUCCCCGGGGCAGCAGCCGCCACACCGCUCCCCCGGCCGGACCCGUCCUAUUUAGCUUCCUGAAUAUCUUCCCUUAUUAUUUGCAUUGGAAUUAAUAGGAAGAACCGUAAGAAGAAGAAGAAGAACCAUCAAGUAGACUCGGAGCCUGAGACGCAUGCGCAUGGGUGAUGAGCAGCCAGCCCUGGGUGAUGAGCCCAGCUUCAACGGAUGUGAUCAGGGCAAAGACUCGCAGCUCUCCCCCAGCAUUGAUGGUGACAUUCCCAUGGGAUCAGAGCGGAUGGAGAUGCGCAAGCGGCAGAUGUCAGUGCACCAGGAGACAGUGAGCUCCUCUCAAGCGCAGCAGGCAGUUGGGAAUAGGGGAUCUAAUGCCUGUUGCUUCUGUUGGUGCUGUUGUUGCAGCUGCUCUUGUCUCACAGUCCGGAAUCAAGAAGAUGAGAGGACACGGAGGUCUUCUAAUGAAAUCAGAGGCGCCGGCAUACCAAACUGUGAAGAGAGUCCAUCCCCUACACUUGAAGAUGUGUACUCUUGGGGCCAGUCAUUCGACAAACUUAUGACCACCCCUGCUGGGAGAAAUGCUUUCCGGGAAUUCCUCAGAACGGAGUUCAGUGAGGAGAAUAUGCUUUUCUGGAUGGCUUGUGAGGAUCUGAAAAAAGAAGGCAACAAAAAUACAAUAGAAGAGAAAGCCCGGCUAAUAUAUGAGGACUACAUCUCCAUUUUAUCUCCAAAAGAGGUCAGCCUGGACUCCCGAGUGCGAGAAGUCAUCAACAGGAACAUGUUGGAACCCUCACAACACACUUUUGAUGAUGCUCAACUCCAAAUCUACACCUUAAUGCACAGAGACUCUUACCCACGUUUCAUGAACUCUGUAAUCUACAAAAACCUUCUGCAGACCUUAUCGGAAAACACCUCCGAGUCUUAGUUUUGUUGAUGUUUUGUGUUUAUUUUUUUUUAACUAUUAUUUUUAUUGUCAUUUUUAUUUAUUUAAAAGCAAACGGAAAAAAAUGGGUACUACACCUGGCAGGGAGUUUAGAGCUACCAUGAUGUUCACCUGAAAAUUCUACUCAGGCCUAUUUUAAUAUGGACUAUGUUACAUUGUCUCCGGCUGAGGGCUCAUCGCCAUGCCUGUUGCAGCUAGUGAUCAACUAUAGGGAUAUUUUCCAAAUAAGAGAAAAAAAAGGAAAUGUUUUUAAAUAUUAUAAUAUAUAUAUAGUAGUUGUAUUUUUACAACAGUAACUAGUAUAUAUUCAAAGACAAGCGUUACCCUGGUGGAAGUGCCUUGAUGUGUUUAUGACUAUUUCCUAGCACUAGAUUGGACUAUUACACUACAACGAUGUAUAUGAUCUGAAAAUCCAUCUGUUUAUUGAGGAGGGUACUUCCACUUGUCUUCAGGGAUAUAUUUUUGUGUGCAUGUUUAUAUAUAGCUAUGCAUAUAUAUACAUGACACACAACAAAAUAAAAAUAGUAUGCCGACAGGAACAAUUUCCAUUGGCAUGGAACAAAUCUGGCUUUUUGUUGAAGACCAGUCAUUCUGAUAACAAAAAUAAUGUGUGAAUGAUUUAAUGGGUUUCGAAUAAAUAUUCACUUUUCCUCAUUUUUUUCAAUGGAAGAAAUGAAGAAAAAUGUGGAUAUUUACAGAAAACAACAAUUCUAAACUGUAAUAAAGCACAAUAGUUUUAUCCAAAAAGUAGUUUGUUCUUUCAGUAGAAAUUGAAAUUCAAGCAAAUAAGGAGCACUCUAGACUAAACUUACAAGUUGUGUUAUGCCUAGUGCAAAGCCUAAAGGGGUACUCCACUGGCCAGCCUUCGGGAACUAAAUGUUCCGAACAGUGUUUUUGUGCUGCGGGGGUCAGCCAAGCCCCUCGU